ACACAUAGCAUUUCAGAAGCACUUUUCACUAUGGGGAACUUUGCUGCCAAUGAGGGACUCUCCAUCUUUGUUAUUCUGGUGUGGCUGGGGAUCAAUGCAUACCUGUUUGUCCAUUUCUACAUGGCCUUCCUGGUGGAGAGAUGGUUUUACACCAGGGUCCUGCUCGGGCACGCCCUGUCCUGGGCCAGAGCUCCUGCUGCCUGCCUCAACUUCAACUGCAUGCUCAUCCUGCUGCCCGUCUGCCGAAACCUCCUCUCCUUCCUCCGUGGCACCAUCCAGUGCUGCAGCCGCACGGCCGCUCGGCAACUGGACCGAAACAUCACUUUUCACAAACUGGUGGCCUACAUGAUUGCCUUCCAUACAGCCGUGCACAUCGUUGCGCACUUGUUUAACUUCGAGUAUUUCAUGGACGCCCAACUGAUUCAAAACAGAAGCUCCCUGCCCUUCAUCCUCUCUGAAAUCGGCACCGGGGACAACGCAUCUUUCCUGAACCCCAUCAGGACAAACGAGACGAACCCCACAAUCGUCAUGUUCACCACCGUCGCCGGGCUGACAGGCGUGGCCAUCACGCUAGCCCUCAUUCUCAUCAUCACCUCGUCCAUGGAGGUGAUCCGGAGGUCGUACUUCGAGGUGUUCUGGUACACCCACCAUCUCUUUGUCAUCUUCUUCAUCGGCCUGGUGUUCCACGGCUUCGGGCGUAUUGUGCGAGGACAGACGGCUGCUAGCCUGCGGACAAACGAACCAGAGGUCUGCGCUGACCAGUUUGAAGACUGGGGAAAAAACGGAUCCAACUGCGCCGUUCCAGUGUUUGCUGGAAACCCACCGAUGACAUGGAAGUGGGUGGUGGGCCCCAUGAUUCUCUACGUGUGUGAGAGGCUCGUUCGCAUCUAUCGAUCCCACCAGAAAGUGGUCAUCACCAAGGUGGUGAUGCACCCCUCCAAGACUCUGGAGCUGCAGAUGAAGAGGAAGGGCUUCCGUAUGGAGGUGGGUCAGUACGUCUUCAUCCAGUGUCCGUCCGUCUCCAGGCUGGAGUGGCACCCCUUCACCCUGACCUCCGCCCCCGAGGAGGACUACUUCAGCGCCCACAUCCGUAUCGUCGGGGACUGGACUCAGGCGCUGUAUGAGGCCUGCGGAGGAGACAAAAACGAGACUCAGGAGGCCUGGAAACUGCCCAAGGUUGCCAUAGACGGCCCGUUUGGCACUGCCAGUGAGGACGUGUUCCGUUACGAGGUGGUGAUGCUGGUGGGCGCAGGAAUCGGAGUGACUCCUUUCGCCUCCAUCCUGAAGUCUGUGUGGUACAAACGCAUCCAGAACAACCAGGAGGUCUUCACCAAGAAGAUCUACUUCUACUGGCUGUGCCCGGAGACGCAGGCCUUCGAGUGGUUUGCAGACCUGCUGCAGUUUCUGGAGGGUCAGAUGACGGAGAAGGGCAUGGCCGACUUCCUCAGCUACAACAUCUACCUCACCCGCUGGAAGGAGACUGAGGCGGCUCACUUCCGUGUUCACCACGAGGCGGAGAACGACCCAAUUACAGGGCUCAAACAGAAGACUCUUUAUGGGAAACCCAACUGGGACAACGAGUUCACCAAUAUUGCGUCACAGCACCCGAGAGCUAAGGUCGGAGUCUUCCUGUGUGGUCCGCCUCAGCUGGGGAAAUCUCUGGAGAAACAGUGUCUGUCCCACUCAGAGGCCGACGUCAAGUUCAUCUUCAACAAAGAAAACUUCUAAAAGUCCAAGAAAUCUACAACUGCUGGAGAACGGCCGCAACGACGACACGGAGGAAACUUCCCACGUAGCAGUGGAGGUCCAGCGGUCUGCUGAGAUUCACGUCGGGGUUCCUGCACAUUUCACACCACCUUUUUUAUGUCAGUGAAAGUGCUUGAAUUUAGGUGGGAAGCUACAAACAUCAGUAACGGCUGGCAGCUCAGCACCACUCAGCUGGACUUGACUGUUCCUCUGCUCUUUGCUUCUUACAACAAAACGUUUUGCAAAGUCUCCAUUCUUGCUCAAAAAAUGAGGAAAUAACUGCGGUUUUUCCACAUUACUUUGUUCUCCUUUAGUCUUGCAUUAAUAAGUGAAACGCUGAUGCUUUCAAAACUCCUCAGAGCUUUCUGUGCACUCUAGCCAGGGGUGCACAUGGCCACGAUUUCUGAAAAGCAGGUUUGAUACCAGAAGUUAAAGUUCCCAAACUUGCUGAUGGAAGAAAUGAAACCGCCAAACUGUGAUCGAGCAACAAAAAAAACCAACUUUGGCUGCCGAGGUGGAGCCGUUGAGUAGCUCCGAGUACGUGACUGUGCUAUAACACAAAACAAAACAAAAAAGCAUCAAACUUUCCCGCAAAAAAAAAGAUAAAAGAAUACAAGAAAGUGAAGCAGCUUGAAACAGGCUCCUCAGUGCUCUCUGCUUGUGCGUUGCUGUGCUUUUCUAUAUUUAUUGUGCAUGAGCAGAAGCCGUUGCCACAAUUUCAGAACUACUGAGAUCAUGAGUCCUGGAUCGGGCUUUUGUAGGUAAAAAGUGGCUUUAGAAAGAAAAUCUUUUCUGGGUUCGGCUUCUGAAAUGUGGGCAUUUGCUGCUUUUUUCCCUCUGUUUUAUAAUUGUAAACUGAGUGUGUUUGCAUUUUGGACUAAUGGUUGGAUAGAACGAGACAUAUGAAGCCGUCACACUGGAUCUAGAAACUUGUGAUGGACAUUCUGUCCCAUUUUCUUUGUGAAACAGUGAUGACAGAUUAACUGCUAAUAAAAAACAGGCGUAAGUCGCAGCCCUACUUUCUAAGUUUUUUCUGUAUUUCCACAAAAAAGUCUCAACAAAGCGUAAAAAAGGUGUUUCACUUGUCAUAUUGAAACACUAUCAUCAUCAACUAUGACGAUAACUGAACCAUCUCCAUGACAACUGAGGAAAUUACAUCCAUUGAUGAAGGACAAGUUGUGGCAGAAAGCACCGGAAAAUUAGCAGGAAGUGGACUACCGAUGUUUUUAUGAAGCUACUGUUUGCAAACUACUGUAAAUUUACACGGUCGAUAAUUCAUCUUAAAGCUCAAACUGCCAUUAAAGCUUCAACGUGUGUCUGAAUUUGUGUCAUUGUUACAAGAAAAUCACCAAACCUUCCAAAGAGGCAGGAA